ACAAACAUCAGUCAGCUGAGAGCGCGUCCCACAUACAGAUCGACCAAUAUUAAUUUUCAACACACAAUACACUAAACAACAGUAGCAGCAGAAACAACAACAACACAACAGAUCAGCAAAUUGUGUUUUAUCCACAUAAGAAACUUUAACUAUUAGUAUUGAUAUUUUUAUUGUUUAUUAUAACAAACAAAUUGUAGAGUAAAGAAGAAGAAAAAAAGUUGUAUAAAGUUUAAAAAGAAAAUUUUUGUUUCCGUGGAAUAAAUCAAAGUGUGAAGAAGCCAGCUUUGAUUUUGUAUGGUAUAAACGGAUACAUAACUAUAACUACAAUCAACUUCUCCAAAUAGAGAAAAACAAACAAAACAAAACAAAAAAAUUCAGUCAGCCAUUUUGUAUUUUGACGGUUGAUCGACAGCAAAUUUUAUAACAAACAAAACACCUUUACUUGUAUGAAGUGAAAAUUGUAUAAGGAAAAUUAUCUUGUGUGUGUUUCAAAUUUGAUAAUUGUAAUUCAAUUUAAUAAGAAAAAAAACAUAAGAAAUAAAAUUAAAAGACUGAACAGCUUUAAGGAUUUCAACACAAAAAAAUAAAAACACCCCCAAAACGAAAUCACGUAGCAUUAACAAAAAUUUUAUUAAUUUAAUAAGUGAACAAACAAAAAAAAAAACAAGAUUUAUUGAUCUCAAUAUCUGAAAAAGGGGAAAACUUAUUUUAACGAAGAACACAAAUUUGCAACUAUUCCAUAAAGUACCAAAGAAGAUUUAAAUUAAACAAAUAAAAGCCGAUGUGUAUAAAAGUAUCCACGGAGAUAAAAAGAAAAAUUAUAUAAAUUUCAUCACAAAUACUCUGACAGAUCUAUUUUGUGGCUCUAAACACAUUUUUGCAUUAAAAAAAAAGAAGAAAUUGUAUUUUAUAAACAAAAACACCACGAAACAAGUGAGCUUUUCUUGUUGCAUCAAGAGUCAAACGAAUCGAUUCAUAUUUUUAAAAGAAAGAUAAAGCAAAUAAAACAACAAGAUUUAAAACAAAAACAGUCAUACAACAUACAAAAGAGCUUAAAAUAACUUGUGAAUUACCCUCGGCGUCUGUAUAAUGUUCAAUUCGUUAGCAUCUUAUAUACUUGGCAAUGGUUAUAGGAAUGCAACGGAUAUAACACAAGACGGUCAACAAUUAAGUGGUGCAUCUGACGAAGCAAUCAAUAAUUUUAAGUUUGUAACAACUAGCUGUGAAGAUGAAGACGAAGAGUGGCUAUUAGUCGAGAAAGGAGAUGGUGACUGCACUCCUCAGCAAACUGACUCGGAAGAAGAAAUUCCAUUCGUUGAAAUAAAAAAUAAUACUUCUGUGCGUACACGGCACAGUCGAAAUAAUUCAAAUGUUGGAUCUCAAGAUGGUGCUUUUACUUCAUUGCCAUCAUCGCCAGUACCGAAUUCAAUGGAUGAGUCAUGGUUCGUGACACCACCACCAUGUUUCACAUCCACCGAACCGAUCAAUGUGGAAACAUCGCCGCUUGAAAAUUUGUUAAUUGAACAUCCAAGCAUGUCGGUGUAUCACAGCAUUCGAAGUGCAGUGCAACCAACAAUUACUGUUAUAGAGCAUGCAGAAGAUCGAGACGGUUUGGUUGUGGUUGAUUUAACGGACGAUGAUACUUCGGAACUUAUUCAUCCUAUUCAUCCAGCCUCCGAUCGCAAUUCAGGCCAAACAAUGCAAUUUAUUGGUCGUAAUCGUGUUGAAAGUCAUGCAAAUAAUCAUUUGACCGAACAACAGGUGAAGCAAGUGAUUGCAAUGAAGCAUUCACAAAAGGCACACGAAAAGAAAAACCGACAACAAAUGUGCCGUUCGGCAAUGGAACGUGGCAAUAAAGUGCGCGAAGUAAAUAGCAAAGGUGGUCGUCAAAAGCGCAGCGAUAAAAACGGAUGCAAAGUCAUCAGCCGUGCCAACAACAAUCGCAAAUGUUAAAUAUUUACACCUUUGAUUCAAAAAUAUCGCAUCGCACCGUACAACACAAACAGCUUUCUCUUUCAAUCAUUUAAUGUUAGACCCAUACCAUCCAACCAAAAUCAACAGCCAAACAAACACCGCAUCUAUAUUACAGCAAGGAAAUAGCAUUCAUCAUUGCAGCUAUUAAAUUGAAAAGAGAUGAUUUAAGUUUGCAUUGCGAGCAAUUCAUAUACAAUCCCGAGUGAUUUUCGAACAAGAUGACACAUUUUUCAUGCGUGCAAAUCUUUUUCUUUUACAUAAACACUCAAUACUCUCUGAUUUCUAGGUUUCAACCAGAAUUACAAUCACCACCACUUAAUUAUGCUUUAAGCAAUUUAUAGAAUUGUUAGUGACAAACACACACAUAUUACACACAGAGAGAAACAAAAUACCAUUUAAGUGAGAGAGAAAAAAAUAAUGAUAAUCAAUUUAUUUGUAUGAAUGAGAAAUGAAUCAAAACUAUUUAGUUUGCUAUACAUAUAUGGAUAUCUUUUUAUGACUUGUACGUUAUAAUUGAUUGUUCGGUUCAAAUUGGCGGUGCCAAUUUGGCACGAAAUGAGAAAUGCAGCUAGCAAUAAAAUCACACAAAAUAUAUACAAAAUGGCAUGCAAUACCUAAUUAAAACACUUAUCAUUUAUAACAAGUGUCACUCAAUUUUGUUUCGUUCGUUUAUUCAUUCGAAUGUUGAACUCUUCCCCAAUAGAGAGAAAUUGAAACAAAAACAUCUUAUUUUUCAUAUCAUAAUUUCAAUUUGAAGAUGAAUAAUUGUAAAAUGAUAAUAUCAUCUAACAAAUGAAAU